CAAUUUUGAAAUAAACAUAUUAAAUUUUGCUUCUGCUGAUGAAAUUGGGAUAAUGUUAAAACUUGGCCAGGCAAACCAAUCAGAGCAAUGGACAUCUUGUUUACUGUGUGAUACACUUUGUCUCUCAUAAUUUUAAGGUAUAUUUACCCAAAACUUGCAACUAUACAUACUAAUUUGAGUAGCAGCAGCACAAGAAGAAGGGGAUGGAAGGGUCGAUUGUUAUGAAUGGUGGAGAAGGUCCCAAAAGUUACUUCAGAAAUUCCAAGCUCCAGAAAAUAUUUCUGGAUGGUGCUAUGAUCCUCCUGAUGAACAGCAUUGAAGAGUCACUUGAUCUGAAAAAUCGAACAAAGAUUUUCUCCAUAGCAGACCUUGGCUGCUCUACAGGACCAAAUACAUUUUUUUGCGUGAAUCAUAUGAUAGAAGCAGUCCAACAAAAGUAUGAUAAUACUCUGUGCCCUGAUGAUGAACCUGAGUUCCAUGUCUUCUUCAACGAUCAAGUCGGCAAUGAUUUCAAUACCCUAUUCAAAUCACUUCCUUCAAAGAGGCAAUACAUGGCAGCUGGGGUUCCGGGAUCUUUCUACCGUCGGCUUUUCCCGAGAUCAUCCAUGAAUUUGAUCCAUUCAUCCAUUUCGCUUCAUUGGCUACAAAGGGUUCCCGAGGGAGUUAUGAACAAGGACUCCCCUUACUGGAACAAGGGAAGAAUCACAUACGCCAAGAGCCCAACUCAGGUGGUUAAUGCUUUCAGGGAUCAAUUUUUCAGGGACUUGAAAGAUUUCCUGAAAGCCAGGUCAGAGGAACUAGUCCCUGGUGGAUUAUUGGCAAUGAUAAUGUUGGGCAGGCCUGAGGGCACAUCGCCUCCUGAGGCGAUUCAUAUUCAUACCAUGGAGUGCUUAGGUGAUGCAGCUUCUGACCUGGUAAAAGAGGGCGUGAUGGGUGAAGAUGUUGUGGAUUCGUUCAAUCUUCCAGUCUUCUUUCCGGCUCUAUCUGAAGUUGAACAAGUGUUGGAUUCAUUUAAGCAGUAUCUAACCAUUGAACGGCUGCAAGAAAUAGAUGCGCCAAUCGGCCGUCUUGAUGCGCAGUUUCUGAGUGCGCAUUUUAGAGCAAUUCUACAAGGCACUGUCUGUGAACACUUUGGUCCAAAGCUCACUGAGCAAAUCUUCGACAAGUUCCCUCACAAGCUUGAGAGUUUCAUGAACACUAAAGAUUUUGCCCGUCCUGGAAAAGCGACCCAUCAGUUUGCUUUGGUUAAGCGCAAGGAUGUUCCAUCAUGAAUUAAUUUUGGCUAUCCAAAAACAAUAGUGAUAGUCCCUCCUUGUAUCAUGUUUAUUAAAAUUUCAUUCUCCUCUGAUAUUGCUGCUAUAUUAACUUGAAAUUAUACAAGGGCAGGCUUCAUAUAUAGCAGCUGCUUGAAAUUUGGUGACAAUUGAGUAGAAGAAACUUGGCUUGAAGGUUAACCAAAACAUCAAUCAUAGUUAGCCCCGCACGUGUUGUCUCGUAUGUUUUCCCUUCUCUGAAAUCUUGCUGAGCUUCCCCUCCAUCUGUUUCCGAAAA